AUGGAAGAAUCAAAUAAUGUCAAACUAAGUGAACGAGAAAUAGUUGGUGCUUAUUCUGUUGAUAGAAACGGACAUUAUAUUGAUGGGGAGAAUUUUUUGUCAAACUUGAAAUAUCUUAAAGUUCCAAACUCUUUAAAUAAUAUCAAUUUAAAUGCUGGAGAGUAUGAUGAUGGAGGCGAAAGUUACGAUCCAAUGGAAAGACUUAAUUUCAUGACAGACUACAUUAAGCAAAACUCGACAAAAUUUGUUAAAAAUGAAAGAAUUGAUGCUGAUUUUGUAUGCUUCCGUGGAGGUUUAAAAAAUAUAAUGUCAUCACCAUAUCUCGAAAACGACUGGAUAGUCAAAGCUGUAAAGUUGAAAGAAACUAUUUACUUUAUUCUUGAAUUAAAAGGAUAUGAAAACAAAAAUGACAUUUCUAAGUCAUUCGGAUUCAAGUUUGAGAGCUAUAUGGUAGCAUCUAAACCUUAUUUAGAACCUCCAGGUGCAUCAUUGCCUGUUUAUAAAAGGGAAGAAUUUUGUGUUCUCAUGUCUCGAAAGGUAGAUGAUUACAAGAUCUUAUUUGGUGCAGAAAUUGAUGGAGUCAACAGUAAAAGUGUUAUUGGGACUUUAGAUGAAUUAAAGACAUCAAAUUUGAUUGAAAUAAAAUUAAGGAAGUAUAAAGAAGGUCCAAAUAAGUUGGAUGCAAAUCGUUCCAUAGAAUGGUGGUGCCAAUCAUGUAUUGCAUCAGUUGAUAUAAUUCAUGUUGGAAUCCAUGAUCAAGGUGUUAUCAAAAACCUUGAGACACUUCAAACAAAAAAACUCCAACACAAGUACAGCCCAUGGAGCAGGAGUGAAUGCAUAAAACAGUUAAAAAAGUUAUUAACCUACAUAAAAGAUAAAAUGGAGGAAAUUGAUGACCCGAAAAUAGGAUUAUCCUUUGAAUGGAAAGGAAAGUCUAAAGAAUUUGCAGAUAUCAAAGUCAUUGAAGGCUUUCUUCCAUUAAAAUAUAUUGAAUUCAUCAACAAAUUAAAACCUAAUAAAGAACUUUAA